AUGGAUGAUGAUGAUGAAGAGACCAACCUAUGUACAGUAGUGAGAACACUCUCUCUCCCCGUUAUAGCUCAGGCGGUUGUAAUAGACAUAAGAGGGGAAUCUCCUACAGUGCGUGGACUCACACUUCAGGUGGAUAAUCCGGACUUCACCUUCAGAGCUGGGCAAUGGGUAGAUAUGUUCAUCCCGGGCAUGGAAACGGUGGGAGGUUUCUCCAUGUACUCAAGCCCAAUGUUAUUGUCUGAGACCGGAACCUUGCAGCUUGGUGUCAAGUUCUCCAGGUGGCCGCCUGCUUACUGGGUACACAAACAGUGUAAAAUACAAAGCAAAGUUGCGAUUCGUGCUGGGGGAGACUUUUAUUAUUCACCUGAGGUUGGUGAGGCUUCAUAUGACCUGCUGCUGGUGGGUGGAGGUGUUGGUAUCAAUCCUCUUGCAUCAAUGUUCCUCCAUGCCAACACCUUGCACCAGAUUCAUAAAAAGAAUCCGGAAAAAUAUCGUCCUGGAAAAAUUCUUCUGUUGUAUUCAGCCAAGACAUACGAAGAAUUACUCUAUAAAACCUUAUUAGACAAUAUCUCGUCAAGUACUCCAGAGACUGCGGUGCAAUACUUCACAAGAGAACAACCUGCCUCUGCCUCAUCUCCUGUUAAGUACGGCCGCAUAACACAAGAGGUUCUGAAGUCUGCCAUUGACUCCUUGGAUACAUCAUCACUGAAAACCUUCAUCUGUGGUCCACCACCUAUGAUUGAGAACAUAAACCAACAUCUUUUAUCAUGUGGUUUAUUGCAAAAUCAAAUCUUUUAUGAAAAAUGGUGGUAAAUUGUUUGAUGUGGUUGUUUAUAAAAACUUGAGUACAAUAUUGUUUUAGAAUAUGCCGUAAAUGACGAAAUUAAUUACCAUAACGUUUACUAAUGUACACACACUAAGGAAAGAAAUUGUAUCUCGAGUACUGUACAUUUCAGUUCAGUUUUUGUUAACUUUUUUCACCAAAAUAUAGUAUUCAUUUAACAAUAAUGAUCAUAAGGAAGUUAUUUUCUUUAAUAUUAAAAUUAAGGAGUUUGAUGAUUGUGUAGCUCAGGAAUUUUUAUAAUACCGUAUUACUUAAUUUAUUGUGAAAAUUAAAAAAUUUUCAUUUUUUUUUUUUACCUUUAAAAAUAGUAUCCAAUUUAAACAUUGAUUUUGUUCCUCAGGGAUACCCAGACAUCUUAUGCAGCUGUGUAUUUUAUACCAAUCACUUAAAUGUACAAUGCUAAUGUACACUAUUAAUUUAUAUAGUAUAUAAGAAAGCAUUGAUCCCAUAAUGUCUAUACAGCCUCUCCUUACUUAAUGACGAAGUUCUGCUCCUAAGACCACGUCAGUAAACGAAUUCGUUGCUAAGUGAGGAGCAUACUAUAAUGGUGGUGGGUUUAUGCCAGCCAGUCUUUGAUAUUGUUUUCAUGUCACCUUUGCACCAUUUAUAACAUUUCUGGAUAUUUUUAAAUGUUUUUACAGUAGUGUACUGUAUAUUGAAAUAAACAAAAUAGAGGAAAUCAGCUCUAACAUACAUUAUUUAGGUAUAAAUACUGGUCAGAGAGCCCAUCGUAAGUCCGAGGCAUCGGUAAACAAGUACUUUGCUAAAUGAGGAGAGGCUGUAUUAUUAUUAUUAUUAUUAUUAUUAUUAUUAUAUUUUUGGGCCACCCUACCGUGGUGGGAAAUGGCUGAUGUUUUAAUAAUAAAUAUUGAUAGCGAUGAA